ACAACCUGCGAAGCGAAGCGAAGACAUUAAGGUUUGUGUUUGACUGAAUCUGCAAACUCACUUCAUCUAGGCAUGGAAGCAGUGCCACCAUCAUCUACUUCAUCUGUGUCCAAUAAGAGUAAGACCAUAACAUUGGAAGAAUGGAAUGGUUCAUCCCCCACAAAGCUCUCAAAGACUUUCACCAUCAAAGCUUCUUCUUCCUCUGUCUCCAUUCGAAGAUCUGGUGCCCGCUUCACCCAUGUUUGGAGACGAUUACUUCAAGCAUUUGUACCUGAGGGUUUCCCAAGCAGUGUGACUGCAGAUUAUGUUCCUUUUCAAAUUUGGGAUUUAUUGCAGGGCCUUUCAACAUAUAUAAGGACCAUGCUUUCAACCCAGGCUCUCCUGAGUGCUAUUGGGGUUGGUGAGAAAUCAGCUACAGUCAUCGGUGCCACUUUUCAGUGGUUUUUGAGGGACCUAACUGGCAUGCUUGGAGGAAUCUUAUUCACAUUCUACCAGGGAUCAAAUCUUGACAGCAAUGCAAAAAUGUGGCGCUUGGUUGCAGAUCUUAUGAAUGAUCUUGGGAUGCUAAUGGACCUCAUUUCUCCAUUGUAUCCAUCAGCUUUUGUGUUUGUUGUCUGCUUAGGAAGCAUAUCAAGAUCUUUCACUGGUGUUGCAAGUGGUGCCACUAGAGCAGCUUUGACUCAGCAUUUUGCUCUUCAGGAUAAUGCUGCAGAUAUAUCUGCCAAGGAAGGAAGCCAGGAAACUGUAGCCACAAUGAUUGGCAUGGCUUUGGGAAUGCUUGUUGCUCGCAUUACCAUUGGACACCCGCUAGCCAUUUGGUUUACUUUUUUAUCUCUGACCCUGUUUCAUAUAUAUGCAAACUACCGAGCUGUUCGAUGCCUGGCAUUGACCUCGUUAAACCCGGAAAGAAGCUCUAUUCUUUUGCACCAUUUCAUGGAGACUGGCCAAGUUCUCUCUCCUAAACAGGUCUCUUCACAGGAGCAUGUUUUACCGAUGCAGCUCACUUCAUGGAGCUCAAAGAAAGCCUAUUCCUUGGAUAAGAAAGUACAUUUAGGCACGAGGAUUUCUUCAUUUGAUAACAUGGAAAUUAAGGAGCAUCUGCUUUCUGCAGCAUCGCACUACACAAAAGCCAAGUACUUACUAGUGGAAAGUAAAGGAAUGAUCAAUGUUAUUGUGCAUAAAGAUUCAAAUGCUGCUGAUGUCCUGAGGUCAUUUGUCCAUGCUCUUGUCCUGGCAAAUAAUGUUCAUAAAAGCAAAUCUUUGCAUUCAGAAGGCCAAAUGUGGAUGGAAAAUCAGUAUGAAGUGUUUAUUCAGAAGCUCAAGUCAUUAGGUUGGAAAACAGAACGUCUUCUAUCACCUAUAAUAUGGAGAGCACACUGGAUUUAUGAACCGUUGGAAGAAAAAACUGAUUAGAGUCAUCUACAGUUUUGAACAUUAAUGUUCUAGAGAAUGUGACUGGUGGAAGCUAUGGAGGGAUUGAUGUUAUUUGAUGUGAAGUUGAAUUAUAAGGUAUUUCCCAAAGAUGGGGAGGUGAAAUGACUGAAAUGUUAUUAUAUGGUAUUUUACAAGUUAUUUAUGAUUUCCCUGAAGUUCUGCAAGAUAAAGAAAACUUGACCAGGUUACUGUUGCACUUGCACCUUGUUUCUUAGGAGUGCAGUUAAUGAUGGUGGCUUGUAUGUAAAUGUUCUGAUUGGACAGCAUUUCCCUUUAACAGUUACUGGUUUAAAGCCACAUUCCUGACCUUCCUAGCAUAACAUUAAUUUUUUCUUAAUUUAAAAAUUGUGUUAUAUUCUUUC